AUGGAUACCAGCGCGUGGACCAAAAAGGUUAAGUCUGCGAAAGCGACUGUUAUUGUUGAAGAUGGAAAGCGUAAGGUCCACUUCUUAUUUCCUGAAGGUUUGCAAAUGGUUGAAGAAUAUGACUUGUCUACCAAUAAUCUACUGACAAGGAAAUUUAGAAGCAAAACCGUACUUGGUGGGGACGGGCAGUGGGAAUAUGAAGUUGGAGAAUCAUUCAGGAGAGAAAACCAGUUUUCAGAGCAUUUAAUGGAGUCACCACAAUCUCCACUGUUCAGUCGUAGUGAUGUUCCACAUGCAUUCCAAUGGCGUAUCCGUAACUUACCUUACCCAUUAGAUGUGUACAGAGUAACCGUUGAAGAUGGGAAUAUUUUAUUGCGGACCACCAACAAAAAAUAUUACAAAAAGUUCAACAUUCCGGAUAUGACCCGAAUGGGUUUACCCCUAAACGAAAAGUCCAUAUCAUUGACCCAUGCUAACAACACUCUUCUGAUUUCGUACAAAAAGCCGGAAGAAAUCUUAGAAAACGAAAAACUAGUCCGGCAAUACGUUUAGGGACAUUUAGAGCAGAAAACUCCGGAGAAACGGAGAAUUGUCAUCCAAGAAGACGUCAGACCGCCCCGAUGGUUUGAAGCUUAUUAACCCAAUAGUUCAAAGGUCAACGUGUUUGCAGGGAAAACCUAUAAUUUUUACUUGUGGAUCAGACUUCUCCCUACAGUGAUUUUCUCCGGCGAAAAGUUCAGCAGCCAAUAAUCAGUAACUCUUAUGGCACUCUUACUACACAUCAAAAAUACCGAAAGACUUCUAAAUGCCGUGAAUAUAAUUGCAAGAAUUUUUUGUCUUAUUGAAAC